AUGGAGGAAUUUCGAUGUGUUGAAGAAUGGGUUCCAGUCGAUUCAUUCGGGAAUAUUCUUGAUGAAGGAGCUAAAGAGGUUCAAUCAACAAAUCCCCGUUUUGAAUCCUCUCAAUUCUCUGACACUCCAUCAUCACUUUUUUCAGAAUAUAUUAGAGCUCAAAAGUUUCAAAAAGGAGAGUUGAAGAAUAAAGAAACGCAGACAGUGUUCCGAAAGAAAUUCCAUCCACCGCAACAACAUGGAGUGAAAAUGCUUGAAGCACCAAAAGAAAUGACUGAAUUGGGCCCAUGGGAACGAGAACUUUUGGAAACUCUGGAAGAAGAAUUGGCAACGACAAUAAUACCGGAAAGAAAUACAAACAAGGAGACACCGAUACCUAAUGAAAUGUUUGGGGAAAAGGUGACAACAGAAGUGGCAGCAAGAUCGACGAAUCUUUUCAUUCCAAAGACGACAACUCAAACUUCGACAAUAAGAGAUGUUGAUGAGAUAAAAUCUCUCGAAUCAACGAGAACACCAAGCACUCAAUCAACUACGACUUUUCUUUUCCCAACAAAAAGUCCCAACAAGAGAAAUCUUCAUCAUGAUGAAGAGGAGAAAGAUGAAUCUGAUGAUCGCCAAUCACUGGAUUUCGAGGAUUCUGUGGAUUCCGAUGAUGAGAGCGCUUUUCAAUCAGAUUCUCGUCGAUUCAUCGAAACGGAAAGAUUCGAAAGAGCUAGACGGCGUGGUUAUCGUGGGAAUCGAGGGAAUUUCCGACGAGCGUCUGAAUACGAAGAUUUCUACGACGAUUACGAGGAGCCAUUGAGGCGACAACCAGCUCGACCACCAUCCCGCAGAAGAUAUCCACCGUAUCAAGAAGAUUUUCUGGUACCUGCUUUCGAGCAAUUCAUCGCACGACGUCGGGCUCCAACAAGGCGAUAUGGCCCUAACUAUCAAUUCCCGUUGCCUGCUCUACCUGUCAGAGUCACACCCAAUCCAAAUCAUCGAUCUGUUCGACGGGGUGAGCGAGUCUUUCCCUCACCUCGACCACAAGUCACCGCUUUACCCAUCCAGCCAAUACCGAUAGCACCUAGUCCUCAACGAGUGACUCCAACAUUGCGACAAACAACACAUAAUCCGCAAAUCCCAAUGGGAACCGGGCCGAGUCUGGAGGAGUCAACCCCAGAGAAUUGCAAUAAAAUGAAACAAAUGGCUGGUGAUUGGGGAAUCGUGGAUGUUGUCGGCUUCUCGAAGUCAAACUGCGGUGUUCUCAGGAGUUUCGUUCCAAAUUACACAUGUGCAGAGAUCACCCACUUCAUCGAGAGUUGCUAUCGAAAGAAUUUCUUCACU